AUGCAGCCUGUUACGAAUGGUCAGUUCUCUUUCAACGUCGACACAUUCUAUGUCGCCGCGUCGGGUGGACAGGUCCACCGGCGUGCAGCACCCACUGAAAUCAAAGCCCUAUACGACACCGGGUCUGCAACCAACGCACCAGAUCAUCCAGGCCACUGGUAUGAAGCGCAGCUCCUCCACUAUGGCCUGCCGUCGUCAAAGGUCAAAUCAACUGCAAAGAUGAGACUGUUGAAAGCCUUGCAGGAGCGUAAAUUGCGUGUUCCGAAGGAACAUGUACAGAUCGAGAAGGAUUUGAAGAAACAAUGGAAGAAUCAGGGAGAACAGCUGCCGGCUAACACCAAAAAUACGACAACUAAAGCCGUCACCACUAAGACGACUACGGUUUCUAAGACUGUUAUGUCUAAGGCUACUGAGAUUAAGGCUGCAGCAUCAAAAGCUGCCGCUAAAACCGCUGCUACCAAGGCUCCGGCUGCUCCCAAGGCUGCUGCUCCCAAGGCUGCUGCUCCCAAGGCUGCUGCUCCCAAGGCUGCUCCCAAGGGCACCGUACCUAGGGCUACUGCGCCUCAGGCUGCUGAAUCUCAGGCUGCUGCACCUCAGGCUGCUGCACCUGAGGCUACCGCAUACGCGACAGCCGAGGCCGCAACGCCCAAGCCUGCCCCAGUGAAGAGAAAGAGGGCUGAAGAUGAGGAAGAGACGUUCAGCCGACCACAGACUGCCAGACGCAGCUUGCCUGCAGACAGAACACAGGCGACCACGCAUGCAAUCUCACAGCCGAUGGUAUGGCGCGGGCAGGUGUACGCAGACGCGCCUCCAUCUUAUGAAUCUGACUGUGAGACGAGCGGUUCGACUUCCCACGAUUUCUACGAUGACGACCCUUACGAUGAUCGAAUGGACAUCGAUGACGCGAGCGAGCCUUAUGGUCGACCAUCUCCAUCUCCACCCAGAUUUCCACCCAGAAUUAAGAGCACGAGCCUCGGUCUGAUCAACGGAACGUACGAAAUCCAGUCGCCCGAUAUCGAAGGCCAAUGGCCACAUUACAUUCCAUAUGAGGGAUUGGAGUUAACUAUCCGUCUUAAUGGAAAAGAGGUUUGGGGGUCGUAUCACUUCGGUAUAUUCGGAGGCGUAUUCUGGAUGCUGCACCGACCUAUGAAGGCUUCUACUGAGGAAAUUCCCUUUGAGUGGCGCGGAAGAGAAAUGGGCACUGGGGAGAUGAGUUUCGGCUCUUCCAAUCAGGGUUAUAUUAUGUUUCUUGGGGAUGGGAAGAUUGCUGGGUCUAUAAAUUGCAUGGGUAAUCUGGGGUUCCAGGGGGAGAAGGUUGGCAGUGAGGUUCAGACUGCUAGUCAGCUGGAGUAUGAAUGGGGUGGGUACAACCAAGAAGAAUAUGACCGAGAGAACAGGGCUCGGUGGCGGUGA